AUGGAGCCUAAGGGCAGAGAAUUCAGACCUUCCCCACGCUGGAAACCCAAAAGAAAAUGGCCUGACCACUGUGGUGCUGACCCCUGCAUACCAGGGCUUCCAAUUUCCAAGCCUGAUGUAAUCUCUCAGUUAGAGUGUGGGGAGGAGCUGGAGAGAGAAGUCUCAAAAGCAACUAGUCCAGACUGGGAUACAGGACUGGAAUGCAAGGAGCUAACUCCAGAGCAGGACAUUUCUGAAGAAGAAUCAGCCCCUGUUAACACCGGGGUGUUAAUAGAGAGAUUUCCAAAGGAAAGUUCCAGUGAAUGUGAGGAUUCUUUAGAGAGUCAGCAGGAAAACCAUGAGAAACAUUUAAUACAAGAGGUUGUCCCUCAGAAGAAACCUUCUGGGGAGAGAAGUUACCAGCGUGAUGGAUUUGGAAGAAAUUUUAGUCGGAGGACAUUACUUGUUCAGCAGCAAGGAGAGCGACGACACAAUUGUGAUUCAUUUAAAAAGAACUUGAAACAAAAUUCAGAUCUAAUGAAACAUGAGAAAAUUUGUGCAGAAAAGAAGCCUUGGAAGUGUAAUGAGUGUGAAAAGGCCUUUAGUUACUACUCAGCUUUUGUCUUACAUCAGAGAAUUCACACAGGAGAAAAACCCUACGAAUGUAAUGAAUGUGGUAAAGCCUUUAGUCAGAGCAUACACCUUACUCUACACCAGAGAAUUCAUACGGGAGAGAAACCUUACAAAUGUCACGAAUGUGGAAAAGCCUUCAGUCACCGCUCAGCCCUUAUUCGGCAUCAUAUAAUCCAUACUGGGGAGAAACCCUAUGAAUGCAAUGCAUGUGGGAAGGCCUUUAAUCAGAGUUCAUACCUCACUCAACAUCAGCGAAUUCAUACUGGAGAGAAACCUUAUGAGUGUAAUGAAUGUGGGAAGGCCUUUAGCCAAAGCACAUUCCUUACCCAGCAUCAGGUCAUUCACACUGGAGAAAAACCCUAUAAGUGUAAUGAAUGUAGGAAAGCUUUUAGUGAUCGUUCAGGCCUUAUUCAGCACCAGAGAACUCAUACUGGGGAGAGGCCUUAUGAGUGUAAUGAAUGUGGGAAAGCCUUUGGCUACUGUUCAGCCCUGACUCAACACCAGAGAACUCACACUGGGGAGAAACCCUACAAAUGCAAUGAUUGUGCCAAAGCCUUCAGUGACCGCUCAGCCCUUAUUCGUCAUCAGAGAACACACACAGGAGAGAAACCUUACAAGUGUAAGGAUUGUGGAAAAGCUUUCAGCCAGAGCUCAUCUCUUACAAAGCAUCAGAAAACUCACACUGGAGAAAAACCUUAUAAGUGUAAGGAAUGUGGAAAAGCUUUCAGCCAGAGUUCAUCCCUUUCUCAACAUCAGAAAACUCAUUCUGGAGGGAAAACCAAGGAAUAUGGAAAAGCCUUUAGUGAGCAUUCAGCCUUUGGCCAGCAAAAGAGAAUUCAUACUGGAUAAAGGUCCUGUACAUGUGGUAUGUUCAGAACAUAUUUAUUGAACAAUUACUAUACAUGCUGUGAGGACUACAAAGAAAUUUAAGACUGUGUUACAAAAAAAGAUGGAAUUGAGAAGUCAUUGUUGAUAUGAGACAUAGCUUAUUUAGAGUGUGAAAGAAGGGUUUUACAUUUUUUAAAGUAACAGAGGAUGUUGUGUAUUUCCCUGGGGAGAGAGGAAAAUUAUUUCCAACACCCUAAUGUGUAUGUAAGCUACCAAAUCCUUGCGAGGGAAAUAGGUUGUGCCAUGAUGGAAAGAGGCCAUCUUGGCUGGGGUAGGUGGUCUCAUAAUGCUAAGGAGAUGAAGUUUUGAAGGGAUAAAUGGUCCUUUUAGGCAAAUUGCAAGGGUGGAAAUAAGAGGUUGGCAGUUCACAAUGAACCUGUACAGGGUUGAGAGUGGUGGUGGAAGGGACAUUGUCCUUAGUCUUAAAUACCAGAGCACUUAGGAGGUGGAUAGAAAGAUAACUACUCAAAUGAGUACCAAGAACCAGGAAAAAUAUCAGUCAGGCUUGUUAGUUGGUCACAAAGUUUCCAUCUUGAAGUCAAGGAAUAUUGGCCUGGCAAGUCCACUUCUGCACUUUUGGUCUUUUAGACCAUGUUCAUUGAGAAGUUACCUACUAAGAAUCACAUUAACUCCAAGGGUCAAGACUGACAACCUAGAAAGGGAGAUUACAGAAGGGACCUCUGAUGCUUUCAAUCUGUUUUAAGCUGAGUUACCUGAGAAUGUGCAUAUUUAUAAAAAUUUGCCUCAGUUGUAUGUAGUUUGUACCCUAGGCUUUUUCAUACCAUCGUUUAAUUUACCUGUAGACCUGAACUGACACUGCAUAUU